CCAACCCAUACGUUGCUACUUAGUAUAUAUAUCUAUGUACCAAAGCAUGUUUAUAUGCUCUCUAUAACACAGGCAUUGUGUGUUUGAGGAAUAUUGAAGAAAUGGUCACGUCGCUAAAAUAUAAACGACAUGGUUUUAGAGCUGCAUUUUUCCUUGUUAACAUCUUCUCUUCACUCCUAUAUCCACACUGCAUGUCUGGCGCUCAUGAUCAACAACUAAAGAUGAAGGAAUCGGUUAUUGGUUCAGAGCCUCCUGCGUGUGGAAACAAGUGCCUGAAUUGCAAGCCUUGCCUUCCUUAUCUAUUUGACAUUCAUGGUGCUCAUGAUGAUAAUGAUGAUCGCGAACCAUACUAUCCGGUAAAGUGGAUGUGUAGAUGCCAGGAAAAGAUAUUUGAACCUCAAGAAUAGUAUCUAUACAUACAUUAUGUUUGUAGUGCUUGUGUUGAUUGUCAUGGAUGUUCAUGAAUCCUGAUGAUCCCAUCAAUGAUGGUUCAUCGUUAUCUUUCGAGAUUAAACAAUCUUAUAAUAUGUAAACAUUUCAUUGUCUCAAA